AUGUUCGGUGGCUCCACGAGCCCACCCAAAGAGAAAAGCGACUUGAUUUCUACGGGAACAAGCCCAACAUCUCCAACCAUCAGCCCUAACGAGCCCGGAUUUGGACGUGACAAGCGUACCUCACCUUCUGGAGCGUCUGCCAAGAAACAGACCGAAGAUCCGAACGACAAAAAGCGUCGCAGCAGCUCGGUGAACAAGGCAGCGUCCUUCUUUUCUAGCGCAAAGAAUUCGUUGCAUCUAUCAAGUCGCGAUUCGUCCUCAACCACUACUUACAUUGCGCAGACCCCAUUUCAGAAACUUGGAAAGAUGGAUCCUGCUCUGACUGUGCCUCAGGGCUCCCUGAACAAUUCGGCUGGAGAAUCAGUGCCUACUACGCGUUCCUCAUUUCGUGUCGGCGUCACAGAAGAUCGAAAUCGCAAAUGCCGGAGAACGAUGGAAGAUACGCAUGCAUAUCUAUACAACUUCUUAGGAACGCCCGCUCCUGUAACUGGAAGCGCUGCGGUCAAUGGAAAUGAGACGCGUGAAUCAAUUGAGUCUACGACCGAGUCGGAGGAAACUACUCAUGUAGUAGAAACUGACAAUGGUUACUUUGCUAUCUUUGAUGGUCACGCAGGAACCUUUGCUGCCGAAUGGUGCGGAAAGAAAUUACAUCUCAUCCUUGAAGACGUCAUGCGACGCAAUCCCAACGCUCCGGUCCCCGAACUACUAGACCAAGCUUUCACCAGUGUUGACCAGCAAUUGGAGAAAUUGCCUCUGAAGAACAGCGGAUGUACAGCGGUAGCGGCCGUGUUGCGAUGGGAAGAUCGUAUUCCCAGCUCGCAUUCUGCAACGGGUUCCGCGCCCCUCGCGCCAGCCGCUGCAUCCGCCAAUGCCCCCGAAUCCGAGUCCGACGGCGCCGACUCCACGCACAAACCAGCCCAGGGGAAGCAAUCAUUAUCCACAGAUUCGCUUUUGGUCAAGUCCCAAGAGAAUGUGUCCCGCCAGCGGGUCUUGUACACAGCCAAUGUCGGUGACGCCCGAAUUGUCCUAUGUCGAAAUGGGAAAGCUCUUCGUCUUUCGUAUGAUCACAAAGGUAGUGAUGAGAAUGAAGGAAAGCGUAUUGCCAGUGUUGGUGGUCUCAUUCUCAACAAUAGGGUCAAUGGCGUGCUCGCCGUGACGAGAGCUCUGGGCGAUACGUACCUGAAGGAUCUUGUUACUGGCCACCCAUACACUACCGAAACUGUCGUACAGCCUGAUCAAGACGAGUUUCUAAUUUUAGCAUGCGAUGGAUUAUGGGACGUGUGUACCGACCAAGAAGCGGUCGACUUGAUACGCAAUGUAAAAGAUGCCCAAGAAGGCUCGAGAAUGCUCGUUGAUCACGCCUUGUCACGAUUCAGUACUGAUAACCUGACCUGCAUGGUGGUCCGAUUUGACGCAAACUUGAUUCGCGAUGUCGUUGAGCGACGCUCAGAACCGAUUGGAGUUGAAGGAGAUCCUUUGUCUCAGGUCAAAGGCGGCAUAAGUGAAGCUGACAAGAUAGUGGAAGGUGCCAAAAAGAGACUCGAGAAUGCAGAACCUAGUCCUGUUGAUGCUGGUUCUACUACGAAGUUGGCGGACGAAUCACAAGGAACCAAAGCAUCGAGUCCGGUGGCCGGGACUUUGACGAAACUCGAGGAAGUUAUCGAUAAAGGCAGUGGGACGUCGUUGAAACAAUGA